CAGUGAGAGCGGUCGGAGCAGCCAUGAGGCCAGGAUUCAGCCCCAGAGGAGGCCGAGGUGGAUACGGAGACAGAGGAGGCUUUGGAGACAGAGGAGGAGGUAGAGGAAGAGGAGGAUUUCGUGGCCGCGGUGGAGGAGGUGACCGAGGAGGGUUCGGAGGCCGAGGAGGAUUCGGAGGCCGAGGAGGAUUUGGAGACCGAGGAGGAUUCAGAGGGGGAUUCAAGUCUCCGGGCAGAGGCGGCCCCCGAGGAGGACGCGGAGGAAGAGGCGGAUUUGGAGCAGGAAGGAAAGUGAUAGUCGAGCCACACAGACAUGAAGGAAUAUUUAUCUGCCGCGGGAAGGAAGACGCACUCGUGACCAAAAACCUUGUUCCUGGGGAAUCUGUGUAUGGGGAGAAGCGAAUCUCUGUGGAGGAUGGGGAAGUCAAGACGGAGUACAGAGCCUGGAACCCCUUCAGGUCGAAGAUCGCGGCGGCCAUUUUGGGAGGAGUGGAUCAGAUUCACAUAAAGCCCGGCGCCAAAGUGCUGUAUCUGGGAGCUGCAUCUGGAACCACCGUCUCGCACGUCUCCGAUGUUGUGGGCCCCGAAGGGCUGGUUUACGCCGUCGAGUUCUCCCACAGAUCCGGCCGUGAUCUCAUCAACGUGGCAAAGAAACGGACAAACAUCAUUCCAGUGAUCGAAGACGCCCGGCACCCACACAAGUACCGCAUGUUAGUAGGAAUGGUGGACGUCGUCUUUGCGGAUGUGGCGCAGCCUGAUCAGACCAGGAUCGUCGCCCUCAACGCCCAUAACUUCCUGAAGAACGGAGGCCAUUUUGUCAUAUCCAUCAAGGCAAACUGCAUUGACUCCACGGCAGCCCCAGAGGCUGUUUUUGCUGCAGAAGUAAAGAAGAUGCAACAAGAGAACAUGAAGCCGCAGGAGCAGCUGACGCUGGAGCCGUACGAGAGAGAUCACGCCGUGGUGGUCGGGAUAUACAGGCCGCCGGCCAAACAGAAGAAAUGAUCAAAACUGAACUGAAGAUCCUUGUAAAGGACUUUACUCGGAGAACUUUCCCAGCCAGAGACUGACAUUAAUGGGUUAAUGGUGCCGGGAUUUGUUAACCAUUGCAAUGUACAGGACUGAUUUUGUCUGUGGCCUUUUAUAAUGUGGGGGCAGGGUAGGAACUAGUGGCCCCCUAGCUGUCAUGAGCGGUAACUACAGUUGCUGCUUAUAGUAGCCGGGGGCCACAGAGUUGCCGUCUCUGCUUCACCUGAGGCCACAGACCGUUAUUUUAUAGGUUUUCUUUUUUUUCUAACAAAGAACGAAACGAUUAAUCGCCUUUAUUUAGCUGCCCCGCCCCUUUCCCACUGCCCACUCCCCUCGCUCCAGCACCUCAUACUGGCGAAUGAAGGCAAAACAGGGCCCCGUGACUCCAUCCUUAGUGUGCGGGUGGGGGGGUUGGUUUCUGUGUUUGCUUAUUUCUAUGCUGGAAGUUUCUAUGGGAAGCGCAAAGAAUUAUCUUUUUAUGUUUUGUAAGAAAGAGGAAAAAAUUGAUAUUGAAAGACAAACGAGAGAUGGAAAUUCUUUAUUUUAAUUAAAGCGCCAGUGUGUGAGAAUCUGA